AAAACGCCAAAAUGGACCCUCCUCUUUCGCAACAAGUUAUUAUCUUAGCAACCAAGAAAUAAACCAACUUGAAAAGGACGAAGACGACGACGACAGGGAACUAGGGAAGAAAGCAAAAGGUCUAAGAAAAAUGAAGCUAGUUUGGUCCCCGGAGACAGCAUCGAAGGCCUAUAUUGAUACUGUUAAAUUUUGUGAGCUUUAUCAAGAAUCCGGCGUUGCGGAGCUUGUUUCUGCCAUGGCUGCCGGUUGGAACGCAAAUUUCAUCGUCGAGACAUGGUCACAAGGUGGAGUUAUGGCGACGAGUAUUGGCCUAGCGGUGGCGAGCCGGCACACGAACGGAAAACACGUGUGCAUAGUCCCGGACGACCAGUCGAGAUCGGAGUAUGCUCAAGGCAUGGCUGCGGCCGGCAUGUUGCCUGAAAUUGUUGUCGGAGAGCCGGAGGAGGUAAUGGAUGAGCUAGCAGGCAUAGAUUUCAUCGUGGUGGAUAGCAGGCGAAAUGACUUUGCAAGAAUCCUGAGGCUGGCAAAUCUGAGCAGCCGCGGUGCGGUGCUGGUGUGCAAGAAUGCUAGUUCGAGAUCGGCGGCGAGUUUCAAAUGGCGGAGCGUUCUUGAAGGGGCAGGAUCCCGGCGGCUUGUGCGCUCUGUGUUUCUGCCGGUGGGGAUGGGACUGGAUAUUGCACACGUGGCAACUAGUGGGGGAAAUUCAAGUACCCCAAACUCAAAGAGAUGGAUUAAGCAUGUGGAUCAACAAUCAGGAGAGGAGCAUGUUAUUAGAAGAUAAAUUUGAGGUGAAAUAAAUGAUAAUAUUCUUGAAUUUUUCUUUUUUUUCUUUUUUCACUUUCUUACUUUUAGAGUGGGUGUAUAAAUCCAAGGUCAAAAAAACAAUCAUUUGUAUAUAGGUUCAUGAGAAAUAAUAAAGAAAUCUUCGACUGAUGGCUAUAAAAUUGAUUCA